CUGGAGCAGCCACAACGAUGCAAUGUCGCUCUCACAAAUGUCUUAUGGCAUUUAGAUCGCAUUGGCAAGAAAUCGGUUCCCCACUCGGCUUGAUUCUCUUAAUUAUGGCAAAUUCCCAGUCUGAUGUGAAUGAGUUGUCAACUCCAUUCACCGUCGCAGGCGGAAGUUGCGAUAAGACUGGAGAGGACAGGCACAACGCGAUGGUAGAAAAACGCACUGUAGUUGGAAUACAACGUCGUUGGCGAUGCUCAUAAGAGAAAAGAUCUGUGACGGCGAUCAUGCACGACUACUGCGCGAGAAUAUUGGGUGGCUGAUGAUGCCGACUCGAGGCAGCCCGUGUACGUCG